UUCGCUUAAAGAACGUUGUCGUUCUGUUACCUCCAGAUUAUAAAAGCAAAAUUGUUAAGCUUUACGUAGAGGUGCAAAUUAUACCGUUAAACAAUAAUCUUGUACUGGCAAAUAAAUAUUUUGUGUUGCUGACUCGCGCUAUUUUAAGAGGUUUUGAUUUCAUUUUUUCGAGACAAGGCAAAGACUCUGGGCCGAGGUUUGUACAACGCAUGCUCAAAUGUGUGCGUUACCGCCAAAUUCGAAAAGAAUAAUAAAUUCCGCGUAUUUUGAUGUAUAAUUCAUAAGGGUGCGGUAAAGUUUCGGCCUGGCAAAUGGGCCUUGAAAUCAACGCUUUGGUUCUAUUUCUGCUGCUAACCUUUAUAAACAGCGCGAGUGCGAUAGAACAGGAAUUCGAUGGAGCGGAAUCCGGAGAUGUCCCUUCAUUUACGUACGAAAUAAACAACUACCUCAUCUAUACAGUCUGUAAAGAAUUAGAGGGGAAAAUCGACGACUUAAGUACUGAGUCUGCUUGGUCGGCGAGAAUAAGAAGAAUUUUUGAAGAGUCUGCGCUGAAAGGUUUAAUCUUAAACAAUCGUAUCGUAAAUGUCUUCAAGAAGAAAAUUUCGCUUCUUCUCUCGGCGUUGAGGAAAGCUGGUCAAAAAGGUGGUCGCCAUGUUAAGAAGCUUAAAGAAAAGUGGCAGAAAGAGACGUACUCAUUCAAGAUAUUCUAUAAUGAAAUUGAAGCGUGUCAGCUACAAGAGGAGAACAGAGGUUUGCGCGGACAAAAGAGAAAGCUGGAAGCAUCCCUUGCAGAUGAACAGGCGAAAAGGCUAAAGGUAGAAGAGAAACUCGAACAAGUGCUUAACAAAGCAGAAAAGGACGAAAAAAAAUACGAAAAAAAAUUUAAGAUUCUAGCGCGUAAAAUUGCGAAACUGCAGAGAGACGGAAAGAGAGGGCCGGCCAAAAAGAAAAAAUUUACCGAUUAUACGAAACAGCAUCAGUCACGUCUUCGACAACAGAUGAAGGAAAACUGUCAGGCAACAUUAUCCUUCCUUGGAUUGUACGAUUUUAUUGCCACAAAAGUAGAAGUUUUCAAUGGCGAAACUCAACAGUACGAGACAUUUUCCUUAAUUGAUGAAAACGAGCUGCCACUAAAGGACAAGGACUCAACGGAGCUGACAGAUGAAAAUUUGGAUGAAAUUAAUAUGUGGAUCUACAUUAAAGAUAAAUUUAACAUUUCUAAUGAGGCUUGGCAUGAGCUGGCUAUGAAAACCAAACAGAUGCCAAACAGCUAUAAGCUGGAGAAGAAAUUGAAAGAACUUAAUGCAAAAUGGAAUCUUCAACCUACACCUGGCCAAGCCGAGGGAGUCCAGUUAAGUUUUAAAGAAAGUUUAGAGGAACAAGUAAUCAGGCUUCAGGGGAAAGGAGUUUUGAACAUUAACACUAAAAUCAAAGUUAAAAUUAGUGGGGAUGGGACCAACAUUGGGAAAAGGCUCAAAAUUGUUAAUUUAACUUACACAAUAUUAAAUGAAAGAGAUAUUGCAAUGAGUGAAAAAGGCAACUAUAUUCUUGCCAUAAUCAAAACUACUGAAAGCUAUGAUAAUUUAAAGGCAACCCUUGCAGAUCUUAAUGAUGAAAUGCAGAAUCUAAAGCAAAUAUGUGUGGGUGAUUAUAAAUGUGACAUUGAAUACUUUUUGGGAGGGGACUGGAAGUUCUUAGCUUGUGUGUGUGGUUUGGGUGCAGCAAAUCAGGACUAUGCCUGUAUUUGGUGCAAAUGUCCUAGGAAUGAAAGGUUUGACUGCAGCAAGAAGUGGUCCCUCACAGACAGGUCCCUUGGUGCAAGAUCAUGUGAAGAAAUAACUGCCAAUGCAAAAUCUAAAAAGUUCAAUUGUAAAUCAGUGCCUUUAUUUUCUUUUAUUCCCAUUGAUCAUGUCAUAAUUGACACACUUCACUUAUUUUUGAGGAUUUCUGACAACUUGAUUGAGCUUCUCAUACAGCAACUUCGCAGGGAAGAUGCAAUAGAUAAAGUGAAAACUUUCCCUAGUGGGUUUACAAGGGAGAAAUAUAAACAUAUGGCUGGAUAUGAAAAGUUUCUGAAGGACAUUGGAAUUUCCUUUGACUGGAGAGUAAAUAAAGACUCUAAAAAAUUAGAAUAUAGAGACCUUACCGGACCAGAAAAGUUGCUUGUUAUGCAAAGCAUAAAUUUCCAAUCACUCCUUCCCAACUUUAAGGAAACUAAAGAAAUGGAAAAACUAUGGGCCAGUUUUAUGGAAAUUAUUGGAGACCUGAAGCUUGAGUUUACAACUGAUGAUGCUAUUACUCAGUUAACAAAUAAGAUCAACUCAUGGUUUGAUAAGUUUCUAUGUUUGUAUCAAGCCAAAGAUGUUACCCCUUACAUGCAUGCACUAUAUGCUCAUGUGCCUGAAUUCUUAAGACUCUAUGAAAAUAUAUCCUAUUUUACACAACAAGGAAUGGAAAAAUAUAAUGAUAUAUCAUCCAAACAUUAUUUUAGAUCCUCAAAUCAUAGGGGAAUUUCUGCUUUAAAACAGAUUCUUUUGAAGAAAAAUAGAAUACAGCUCCUAGAAGCAGCAGGCAUGGAAAGAAUAAAGAAAAGUUAUAAGUGUGGAAAUUGUGAAGGUCUUGGUCACACCAUAAAGACAUGCUCAGCUAACUGUAAAGAAUGCCAGACUGCAGUUUGUUGUGCACAUCUUAUCAAAGUUGAUGGAAGAUGGACACAGAGAUGUACUUUGUAAAUUCCUUUCUAGUGACUGUAACUUUGAGGGCUAGGCUUCCUAGUUGACAUGUUAAAAAUUUAUCUUAUAACAGCCUUGAUUACAGUAAAUAUAAAUAAAUGUAAUAUCCAUGUGUAGUUAAGAUAUUCAAAAACUCUUUUAGAAUUUAGUAUGAACAAAUAUUUUCAUUCCCUCAAUCUCAAUAAUUAACUGACAAUGAUUAUAAACUGAUAAUAAAAUAUAUCAAAACAAUAACUGUAGUUGUGUGAUUGCAUUUAACUCAGUCUUUAAUUUAGCAGUCAUCCCUUGUUAGGUACUGGUGUCUAUUUCCAUCUCCACAAACAAAAGUAAAAACAAGUUGACGGUCAUCUUCAAUUUCUGACCUCACAUACUUGCCCCCUAUGAGCUUGUAUUCUAUUAUAGGGUUCCUUUCUGUAAUCCAAAAUCUCACUGCCCCUUC